AAUUUUCGAGGAUUAAUUUAUAAUUCUGAAUAUUAUUUUUCCCAAAAAAACUUGAUAAGAAAAUUCUAAACACGGAAACAAUAACCAACUCGCCGGAAAAUCCAUCGGAGUAGGUCGCCGGCCACCGGAAAAUCAAACAAACUCGUCCAGGUUUCAUUCACUUGAUACAUGGAAUCAUCAGCUGAAGAUUAUGCUGCAUUUGAAGAGAAAGUUCAAAGGACAGUGUACAUUGACAACAUGUCUCCGCAAGUUACGGAAUCCGUGAUUAGAACUGCGCUUGACCAGUUUGCAUCUGUCAAAAGUGUCAAGUUUAUCCCCAACUACCUAGGACCAAGCAGCAUGCCACAAUGUGCAUUGGUGGAAUUGGAUUCUGCCAAGAAGGUCAAGGAAGUGAUAGCAAUGAUUAAGCAGUAUCCUUUCAUGAUGUCAGGGAUGCCACGGCCUGUAAGAGCUCGUCCUGGUGUAAUGGAAAUGUUUGAUGAUCGGCCAAUGAAGCCGAAGAGAAAGAUGAAGUGUUGUUGGUUGGAGCAAAGUGACCCUGACUUUGAGGUGGCAGUGGAGCUGAAGAAUCUUACACGUAAACAUUCUUCAGAAAUAGCACUCAUGCACAGAGUGCUGCUAAAAGAAGAAGAGAAGUUGGCAGCCCAGCAGGCUGAAACUCUUAAAGUGCAUUACAAAAAGUUUAGGAUGAUAGAUGGCAUUAUGGGUGACAAAACUGCCCAUACUUUGGCAAGAAAGUACAAUCUGGCUGUUGCAGAUGAGUGAAGGGUUCAUUUGGAUUAACUAUUUGUGUAAAUAGCCUUUUCUUUAUUUUUUUAGGAUAAACUAAUUUGCACCCUGCUACUGCUGCAAAAGAAAUUCCAUAGAUACAUGAUAGGUAUAUAACAUGCAAUUUGAUGCUUGACUAGUAAUUGAUUCUAAAAUUGUUAUCUUGUGAUCA